AUGUCCACAUGUCCCAAAAACAUCCUUCGGCAGCAUAUUCUUCUCAUCCCCAGCUCAUCAAGUGCUUCGGCCUCCUUUUUAUCUGUUCUCAGAAGUUCUAGAUAUGGCUCCCACUUGCUAGAGAUUUCCUUUCCACAAGUAAAGCAUCUUAUUGGGAUUAUCAUUUUGGAGAGGGCACGGAUUUUGACGCUAAAUGGUUACAAUAGUUACAUCCGACUAUACCCUGAGAUGUGGAUAAAGCUUAAAGAUAAAGAAACCGGACAGCCAUAUUUUUACAACACAGAGACAAGAGAAAAGACGGAGAAAAAGCCUAUGGAGGGUUUUAGGUUGUAUCAUAUACUUAUAAAACAUGAAAAAUCCAGGAAACCUGUGGAUGUAAGCAUCGAUGAAGCCCUCUCAAGAAUAAAGACAAUAUACGAGGACUUAAAAGCAAAGGUCAAUGAUAAGAACUUUAAAGACCUCUUCAAGGAGGCAGCAUUUAAACACUCCCAAUGCUCGUCUGCAAAAAGAGGUGGGGACUUGGGGUUUGUAUGUGGAAAUGAGAUGAUGAAAGAGUUUGAGAGGCCUGCAUUUUCUCUUCGAAAGGGUGAGAUGUCAGAGCCUGUGUCUACACCCUCGGGAUUCCAUAUAAUUUAUCGAAGGUAA